AUGUUAGAAUCCGCUCGUGAAUACUGGAAGAGUUGGUUUGGUGGGAUUGGUGGCCAUGAUGGACGUAAAAGUGAACACGGGUCGCUAGACAAGUGGAAAACUCGGCAUUAUGCGACAGAAGGCCGCUCUAGCGUGUCAAAACGACUCCGUAAUACUCGAAAUACGAAAAGCUAUAGGAAAAGGGACCGCGAUCAUGGAUCUCAGCAACCCGGGGCGCUUUGGAGUGCAGUGAAAAGCGUUUUCUCGCCGAAAGACCAGGAUCUAGAGCAAAUGCGCAAUGCCUACGCGGAUUUCAAGUUGCCUGUCCACUCAGACCGGGCAAAAAUAAGUGCACAGGUGCAACGACGUAUUGCGGCAAGCGCUGCUUUGAAACGCAAGGUGAUGGAAAAAAAAUACGACGACAAGCUUUUAGAGCAGCUACGACGCGGAAGGAGCCCCGAGGCGAAACGGCCUUUGCCCCAUUAUCAAAAGGACCAACUUCUGAUUCUACAGCACAAAGUGGAGUCUCUGAAUGCAAAAGUCGGGUCUUUGGAGCGAGAUCUGCAGCUCACUCGCAAGAAACUGAUGUUUGCGCGUGAGAAAAAUGCUUUGUUGGAGAGUCUAGUCAACGACGCCAAUGUUGACGACGAAUACGUAAAAUCGCGCCGUCGCAUCACCAAUUUUCAAAAAACUGACUUGAAACCAGAUUUUGGCGCACUUCCACCAUCACCGCACCGUGCAUUGAAUCCCUUGGUCACAUCAAGCCCCGUGCGACUGCCCAACCUCGAUGAACGCGAUGAUGACGAUGAUGAUGACGGCGAUGACUUCAACAAUGACGCCAACAUCAACAGUCGCCGCCGAAAACCGCCAUCUCGCUUCUACGAGAAAUAUCCAAGCAUACCAACCACGGAACCGAUGCAGAAAGAUCCUGAAAGCUCUCUGUCACCCAUCAGAGUCGAUUUGGCCAAAUACUCGAAUCGAUACACGUGA